AGCUAACAGUGGUAGAAACCCCGUGUCUAUCACGACCAUUAAUGAGAUUACAUUAAUCGUACUUCACUAUGGUAUUCUGUGUUUUACUGGCUCUGUGUAUGAUCUCAAAUGUAAAGAGCACUCAUACCUAUAGAAAGCACCGUGACCACAUUGAAGAAACCAGUCUCUCAUUGAGCGACAUUCUACCACCAAAACCCAAACAUUACGACAAAAAUCGAGCCCCUAAACUUCAAGGACAACCAACUGUUGUCUACUUUCACGUUACUGUCCUCUCUCUUGAUUCAAUCAAUGAAGAAUCGAUGACUUACGUCACGGAUAUAUUCCUAGCGCAAAGUUGGAGAGAUCCCAGACUCCGAUUUCCCGAGAAUAUGAGCGAGGAAUACAGGAUUUUAGAUGUGGAGUGGCUCCAUAAUAUUUGGAGACCUGACUGUUUUUUUAAAAAUGCGAAAAGUGUAACGUUUCAUGAAAUGACGAUACCAAACCACUAUUUGUGGCUCUAUCACGAUAAAACCUUACUCUAUAUGUCUAAAUUAACUCUUGUACUUUCAUGUGCUAUGCAUUUCGAGUCGUACCCACAUGACACCCAGAUUUGCUCCAUGAUGAUUGAAAGUUUGUCGCACACUGAUCACGACUUGGUUUUUAUUUGGAAUAUGACUGAUCCUCUUGUUGUCAAUCCCACAAUUGAGUUGCCUCAACUCGACAUUUCUAAUAAUUACACAACGGAUUGUACAAUUGAAUAUUCCACAGGUAACUUCACAUGUUUGGCCAUUGUUUUUAACUUGAAACGCAGAUUGGGUUACCACUUGUUCCACACUUACAUUCCCUCAGCUUUGAUUGUUGUCAUGUCAUGGAUAUCUUUCUGGAUUAAACCUGAAGCUAUUCCAGCAAGGGUAACCCUUGGAGUUACCUCUCUACUAACUUUAGCCACCCAAAAUACCCAGUCUCAACAAUCUCUUCCUCCUGUCUCUUAUGUUAAAGCAAUCGAUGUGUGGAUGUCCAGUUGUUCGGUUUUUGUGUUUUUAUCACUGAUGGAAUUUGCUGUUGUUAAUAAUUUUAUGGGUCCUGUUGCAACAAAAGCCAUGAAAGGGUAUUCAGAUGAAGAUAUCACUUCGCAGUUUAAUGAAUAUAGGGUAUGUGAAGUUAAUGAGUUGCUUUUUCAGCCACAAUACGAUACUUUUUGUCAUGGGAAAAACAUAGCUCUUUGUAUUGACCAAUUUUCUCGGUUUUUCUUCCCGUUUUCGUUUAUUAUUCUCAAUAUUGUGUACUGGACUACGUUUUUGUAAAAUAAAUAAAAAAUCGUUUUAUUCUGAAUGUUUUAUUGGAAAUAUUACAAGUGUAUAGCACAGCUGCUCGAAUUAGUAUAAGUAAAAGCACCAGAAGGAGCACGAUCUUUAUAUACAAUAAAAAUUUAAGACACUGUAAAAUCGUUCAAUUUAUA